AUGCAUGCGAAUGGGUUAUUUGGAGGUGUUGGUGGUGAUCCUCGUCGAGAUUAUUUCGAGCAGGGAGGCCAUCUAGCGAAUGCUUUUGAUGCCCCAAAUGCAGAUUACGGUGCCGAAAUCAUCUCUCAGCCAGAUUCAGCACAGUUUCGUCGCUCUGCUAUGAAUGAGACUCCAAUCGCUGAGCCACUUGAGGGAGGAGGUCUGGGAGGAAAUCGACAACCGAAUCGCGAAGCUCUUUCCCCAAGAAGUCAUCGCUCCUCGAGGCUGUCCGGACGUGAGAAUUUGGGAAGGAGAGAAUCUUGGUUAUGA